AUGGCGAACCCAUACUUCCUGUCCUGGCUCCUCCUCCUGCCGCUGGGCACCUGCCUUCCUCUGCUGGACAGAGAAGCGCCCACGGAGGCCAGGGGUGGCGUCCAGAGCAAAACAAGCGGCGCCGACCUGGCGGGGGGACACCGCGCCUGCCUCCCAUGGGGCUCCUCUCUGUGGCUGACAGCCGCACGCCCCCUGCUCGUCACGGCCCAGGGGCCGCAGCUGCCGGGCAGAUUGUACGCGGGCCUCAGGUUUCGGUUCAGGAGGCAGGAAGACGGCAGUGGGGCUGCGGGCCUCCUCCCUGCUGAUGGCGAGGAGGCGCGCAGCCUGCUGGGGACCCUGGCCAAAGAGCUCCGCGGCUACAGCAGGAAGAAAGGCGGCUUCAGCUUCCGCUUCGGCCGGCGGUGA